UUGUUACAGGUCUAUUUGCCAAAUUUCGAGAGAGAAUACGAGUACUUUCUUGAGAAAGUGGAAGGUGUUCUAUACGAAGUGUCGAAUACUGAAUUCAUCAUUCUCCUGAGGGAUUUCAGUGCGCGUUUUGGAGCAGACCCUGAGAAGUGGAAUAAUGUGACUGGGACGAACAGCCCUAGCGAUCUCAACAAUGACAGCAUGAAGUUGCUGCGCUUUCAUGCAGACAGCAGACUUUCAAUCAUAAACACCUUCCUCGAGCAUCGAACGGUGCAUCAGUAUAAGUUGAUCACUAAUCUGAUCCUCAUGUCGUCUGAGAUACGACGCUCUGCAAUCAACGUUCGCAUUAGGAGAGGUGCAGAGGUGCUGAGGUAUCAGCCGAUCAUCACUUUGCUGCUGGCACCCUCCGCUACAAACGAUGGAGUGGCAUGCAGACAUCUAAGUCCAAAUGGAGCACCGUAUUCUGCGGAUACGAGGCUGAAACUUGCAAACAACGUCACGCUAUUGUCGAACACACUCCAUUGA